GAAUGAAUAUUGAUUUUUCAGAUCCUAAUGAUGAGCUUCAUUGGAUAUAUAUAUGUGACACUCCAAGAACUUAGACUCGCGAUGACUCAUCAUCUCCACCCACAUCUCCUCCUGCCCACUUCUUAAGGCCACUCUUCCCCUAGUUCCUCCUCACGCUUUCUCUUCCUUUCAUAACAUCCCCCAAACACCCCGCCACAAAAACAAAAACACAACCCAAAUGUCCACACCGACACCCGCUCCCCCACAUCCCCGCAUCGGCGUAGGAAUCUUCCUCUUACACCCCACCCAUCCCCUCUCAACCCCUACAUCCCCCCUCUUCCUCAUGGGCCAGCGACUGGGCUCACACGGCGCAGGCAAGUGGGCGCAUCCAGGAGGACAUCUUGAAUUUGGGGAGGAGCUUGAAGAAUGCGCGACUCGGGAAGUGGAAGAGGAGACGGGAUUAUGUUUGCAGAGGGAAGAUGUCCGGUUUUUGACCGCGACGAAUAGUGUUAUGGAGGGGGAGGGAGAGGAGGGAAAGAAGGAAAAGAAACAUUAUGUGACGAUUUGGAUGGUGGGGAGGUGGGAUGGAAAGGGCGAGGGACCGAGGAAUUUGGAGCCGGAGAAGUGCGCGGGCUGGGAAUGGGUGCGAUGGGAGGAGAUGAAAGAGUAUGCAGAGGGAAAUGGGGAGAGGAAAUUGUUUCAGCCUGUGUCCGAUCUUUUGAGGACUAGGGGGGAGGUGCUACCUCCUAGUUUUGGGUAGGGGGUUGAGGUUGAGUUGCGACUUGACAAAUUUAAGGGCAAGCCUCUUGAUUGAGAAAAUGAUUUUAUUGAUGUUGAGAGAAAAUUAGGAUAGAAGAAUAUCAAGACCACACAUGACGUAAUAUAGUGUAGAAAUAAUGAUUUCUAGAAGCUAAAUACUAUUGACUGAUGCGCCA